AUGAUUUUCCGUAUAGUAUAUGCAAGUAGAUUAGCAAAAUGCUCCUUUGAACCGAUGGUACUUACCAAUAGACAAUUGGCAAUACAUGAAGUCUAUGCUUUUUAUCGAUUUAAUUUAAAACAGGAAGAGCAUCGCUCACUAGGACUGUCUUACAAACUAAUCAAUGGUGCAUAUACCACUUACAUAUUCGAUUCAAAUUUUACAAAAGAAGGUUUGGAAGAAAGAUUCUUGGAAAACUUGCUAAGCUCCGAAGCAAUGGUAAAUAACAUAGAUGUCAUGCGUACAUAUUCCAAAAUAAAUUAA